ACACGGCGGCGCGGCGGGAGGAGAGGAGGGGAGGGCGCAGUCGCACGACACCACCACCACCGUCUCUCUCUCUCUCCUCGUCCGGCUCUCCGGCCACCGCCGUCGAUCGAAUAAUGCAUCAGCAGACGACGACGCCGACGCAGCUGCAAACAACAACGCCGCCGUACCCGCAAAAUAAAAUUAUGAGGCAUCAGCAGCAGCAGCGGCAGGAGGAGGAGGCGGCCGCCAAGGCCACCGAAGACAGCCGCUUGGUCUUCGACGCCGGCAAGCCGCCUCCCUUCCGCAUCGGCGACGUCCGCGCCGCCGUGCCGGCCCACUGCUGGCGCAAGAGCCCCCUGCGGUCGCUGUCGUACGUGGCAAGGGACGUGGCCGUGGUGGCGGGGCUGGCCGUGGCGGCGGCGGCGCUCGACACCUGGGCGCUCUGGCCCAUCUACUGGGCGGCGCAGGGCACAAUGUUCUGGGCGCUCUUCGUCCUCGGACACGACUGUGGGCACGGGAGCUUCUCUGACAGCGGCACUCUCAACAGCGCGGUGGGGCAUCUCCUCCACUCCUUCAUCCUCGUCCCCUACCAUGGAUGGAGGAUCAGCCACAGAACGCACCAUCAGAACCACGGCCACAUUGAAAGGGACGAGUCAUGGCACCCGAUCACGGAGAAGCUUUACCGGCAGCUUGAACCACGCACCAAGAAGCUACGCUUCACCGUCCCGUUCCCGCUCCUCGCAUUCCCCGUCUACCUAUGGUACAGGAGCCCCGGCAAGAAUGGAUCUCACUUUCUUCCCAGCAGCGACCUGUUCAGCCCCAAGGAGCGGGCCGAUGUCAUGCUCUCAACCACCUGCUGCUGCGUCAUGCUCGCAUCGCUGCUCGCCAUGGCGUGCGCCUUCGGACCACUCCACCUGCUCAAGCUCUACACCGUCCCAUACCUUGUAUUUGUGAUGUGGCUUGACCUGGUGACGUACCUGCACCACCACGGCAGCCCCGAGCAGCAGCUCCCCUGGUACCGCGGCGAGGAGUGGAGCUACCUGCGUGGGGGGCUCACCACCGUGGACCGGGACUACGGCUGGAUCAACAAGAUCCACCACGACAUCGGCACCCAUGUCAUCCACCACCUCUUCCCACAGAUCCCGCACUACCAUCUCGUAGAAGCAACCAAGGCUGCGAGGCCGGUGCUGGGCAGAUACUACCGGGAGCCCCAGAAGUCCGCAGGGCCGCUGCCACUUCACCUCUUUGGCGUGCUCCUCAGGAGUCUCAGAGUGGAUCACUUUGUCAGCGACCACGGGGAUGUCGUCUACUACCAAACUGACCACACCUUGCUUGAUCAACACCCAAAACGACCAUAAGCAAAACUAGUGAUUCGUUCCAUCUGCAUGCAGCUGGAAAUUAAUAUUAUAUUACGACGACCUCAAGUUUAAGCAUGCACAAGGCAAGGAUUUAUACGUACGGAAUUAAUAAUUACAUCCUGGUAGAUCGAUUUAGGUAGCAUAGAAAAGUUAGUCAAAUAAUUUCAGCAGCAAAGCAAGCAAGCAAGGGAUGGGAUCCUGAUCUAAUUAUAUUCAAGCGCACACACACAUAUAUAUGCAUGUAUUGUUCGUUGAUUAUUGUUGGGGUGUGGACCCACGCACAGGCCUACUCUGAAAUCUGUAUCAUUGUUGGGGUCUGGAUUGGACCCAGGCGGAGGCAGCGACAGCAUCAUGUUCUCCAUCCUCCAUUUCCUGUUUCCGGCAGCCGGUGCCGCCCGCGCUGAGAUGUGAACCAUGCCCAGGUCCGCGCCGCUCUUCUAUGGCCGAUGGUGGUGGCGGUGUUGCAGGGGCUCGUCCACGGCAAGAUACACAGCAAGAAAGUUGUCUGUUUCUUUCUCUUUGGCAUUUCCAGGUCCUGACUAGCUUUUCCAUUUGCAUUUUGAGCACAUUUUCUGAUGAGGUCCAUUUCAUUCAUAUACA